ACCUGACUCUGAUCAACAAGUGGCAAGUGGAAAGUCUCGAGGAUUCUGUGAAAAGUGUUCGGUUCUAAAAAGUUGGCUAAAAGUUUCCAAAACAGUUUUGCAACAGGCGAAAAUUAUAACUGACGUCGGACAAUUUUCUGUGCAGUUUGCCAGUUUGCGAAAUAAAAUCAAUUGAAAAAUGUGGUACAGCAAGUGCAGUUGGACUUUGGUGGUGCUGGUGGCGCUCUUUGCCCUCGUGACAGGUUCCUGCCUGGAAUACGGACAUUCAUGUUGGGGAGCUCAUGGCAAACGAUCCAGUGGCAAGGCGGUAAUAGAUGCUAAACAGCUUCCUGGAUCCAAUACAUAUGCUAUCGACAGCCUGGCAGAGCAAAUGUAUAACAACAACAAUAACCAGAACAGCAACAACCAGGAUGACAACAGCGAUGACGACAGCAGCAAUAGCAAUGCGAAUACAAAUAAUGUUAACAACUUACCCUUGGCAGCUCCAGCCAUUUUAACCCGUCGAGAGUCAGAGGAUCGUAAUCGUAAUGGCCUGAAGUGGACGCAGCUGAUGCGGCAGCAUCGCUACCAAUUGCGGCAGUUGCAGGAUCAGCAGGGGCGUGGCAGAGGCGGGCAGUAUGAUGCCGCAGCCGAAAGUUGGCGAAAACUGCAACAGGCUCUGCAGGCCCAAAUCGAUGACGAAAAUUCAGCUUAUCUUACGAAGUGAAAAAUUUCCAAUUAAAUUGCCAAAAUGAAAUUAUGCAAAUAACAAGCUAGCUAUGCAAGAUGAAGAUAAAAAAACACACACAGAGAGAAAAGCGAAAUGAAAAGAUAUUUAUCACACGCGAUCCAUUGCAUGCCGGGCAUCAAUUAAAAAAUUCAAUUUAAAACAGUUAAUUCAAGGCAGAAGAGAUCGGAGCAGGCACAGAAAAUGUAGAAUUCGUUGUGGAUUUUUUUUUUUUUUCGGAUUAUUAUUAUUAGAUUUACUGAGCCGAUCAGUGAAAUCCUUUUGGCCAUAUUGCGUCACUGGCUGGAUGCCGCAAUAAUGGCCCGCUUCGUUUUCGUUCACUUAACCGUACUUAAUCCCUAACUAAGCAUAUGCAGAUACGAUCUUAAGAUUUACCACUAAUAAAAGCUAACAUUGAGUGCA